AAAGCAAGCAUUCAACACGUCUUUAGUUCAGAGAGCAAAGCAAUAGCCAGCUGAAAGCUAGCCCAAGAGAAGCAAAUUAUAAACUAAAAGCUACAAUUAAUAUAUAUAAAUAUAUAAAAUAACUGAACAAUGUCGCUGGUUUCUGUCGCCGACUUUGAGCAAAAGGCAAAUGGGCAGCUGGAGCCGAAUGCCUUGGACUACUACAGGAGUGGCGCUGGGGAGCAAGUGACCCUGAACCUCAAUCGCCAGGCCUACAAGAGAUUGCGUUUGCGUCCGCGUUGCUUGCGCGACGUUUCGAAGCUGGACGCCAGCUGUGAAAUCCUUGGAGAGCAUCUGAAUUGGCCACUCGGCAUUGCGCCAACUGCCAUGCAGAAACUGGCCCAUCCGGAUGGAGAGAUUGGCAGCGCACGUGCAGCGGGCAAAGCCGGCUCCAUAUUCAUAUUGAGCACACUGUCGACCACAUCUCUCGAGGAUGUGGCUGCUGCAGCGCCAGACACAUGUAAAUGGUUUCGGCUCUACAUAUACAGGGAUCGCUGUUUAACUGAGCAACUGGUGCGUCGGGCGGAGCGCGCUAACUUCAAGGCCCUGGUCUUGACUGUGGACACGCCCAUCAAUGGCGAUCGUCGAGCGGAUGCACGCAAUCACUUAAGUCUGCCAUCUCAUCUCACUUUGGCCAAUUUCAAGGCGGAGUGCACCCAAGGAUUUGUGUCCAAGUGCGGCGGUUCGGGUCUGAAUGAAUAUGUGGCCUGUAACUAUGAUCCGAGCAUUUCGUGGCAGGACGUCAAAUGGCUGCAGCAACUCACCCACUUGCCCAUCGUGCUCAAGGGCAUCCUCUCCUCUGAAGACGCGCUACUGGCUCGUGACAUUGGCUGUGCCGGUCUGAUUGUAUCCAAUCAUGGCGGACGACAGCUGGAUACGACUCCAGCCUCCAUUGAGGUGCUGCCAGAGAUUGUUGCCGCCGUGGGCAAGGAUAUGGUCGUCAUGAUGGAUGGCGGCAUCAUGCAGGGCAUCGAUAUAUUCAAGGCCUUGGCUCUGGGCGCCCAAACUGUGUUCAUCGGUCGCCCAACGCUGUGGGGCUUGGCUGCCAACGGACAGCGUGGCGUGGAGCAAUUGCUGACCAUUUUGAAACGUGACUUCGAGGUCACCAUGACAUUAACGGGUUGCCCCACUUUGGCAGAUAUUCGGCCAGCGAUGGUCGUCCACGAGUCCGCUUAUUGGCAACAUAAUUAAUUUAAACUAGCCUUCUUAAUCAUAUUUUACUAAGUUGCUUUCUUUUAGCAUUUAUAUAAACAGUAUAUUGCAUAAUAUUAAGUUGAGCCCAAAUGAAUAAUUAAGUUGACAAUUCAAUAUUUAAUUCAUUCAAUAAUUUAAGUUCUGUAUUAUAAACAUGUUCUCGGAAACUCCAAUUUAAGAUUCGAUGUAUACAAAAUAAGAAUUCUAAAUUCUUGAUGCUAUAUUUAAAUUCCAAGCGAAUAAAUUUGAACUAAUUUCAGUCAAUA